UUAUGGGGUAGAGUAGGCGUGUACAUGUCUGACGCUGCAGCUCUUCUACACGAUAAAUCCCGUCGGGUUCUCGUAGGAGACGGCACAUACCCAGGUUUCGUCCUCUCCGUCGCACGUCAAGUCCCGUCCGCAUGCAUUCCCUCCCGUACAGCACGUUACCCGUACGGCCACCUCAUCUACUUCCAAACUGCCCAAACAGUACACAAACGUUACGCGGAAAUCCUGCCCGGAGACAUCAUCGUUUUACAAAACGCAUUGUUCAAGGGUGUAAGAGGACCGCUACAUUCGAGUUAUCAAGAGGAAUUAGGUACGAAGGGAGAUCCGGUUGUUGGUGUGAUCGGCGAGUUUGAGGCGAGGAAGAGUAAGGUGAGGGUGUAUCAGGCGAAUCAGCAUGUCGGGAUUCAGACUGUGGAGUACGUGAGUUAUCGGUUUGAGGAUUUGAAGAGUGGGACUAUCAAGGUG